AUGGCCACCCUUCAACCCCAACAACCUUCUUCCAACCUCACCCUCACCACCCUCCCCAUCGAACUCAUCCUCGAAAUUCUCCCCUACAUUCCCUACACUGCAGCCCACAGCCUCCGAGCCCUCUGUCUCACUUGCACCUCCCUCCACCGCAUCAUUGUGCAACACGAAAAAUCUCUUGUCCGCUCGAUCAAGACGAAGCAAGCAUUUCACCUCCAGUUCCAACUUUUUCCGAGUCUGGUAAUAGAUUCUUUCAAGGGGUUGGAUUUGUUUUAUCGGAGAUUGGAGAGGUGGGAGGUUUUGCGGGGGGAGUGGGGGCGGAUUGUUAGUGGUAGUGGUGGUGGUGGUGGUGCUACGGGUGAUGAUGAUGAUGAUGAUGAUGAUGAUGGGGAAAGGGGAUUAGAAGUAGAGUGGCUUCAGGGAAGACGGUGGGAGGGAAUAUAUCAAAUGGGAGGAUUGUUGUUGUAUCGAUUGGGGGAUCAUCAACGACAACAAGAACAAGAACAACAGCAGCAACAUCAACACGAAGAAGAGGAAAGAGAAAAAGAAAAAUAUCCAUCAUCAUUAAUAAACCACCUCCCCGCAACAAGUCUAGCAAGCAUAUAUUUCCACAUCAUCGCUUCGAUCAAAAUCCUUCGAAUCUACGGUCCGGAUCCCAUACAUCAGAGAUUUUGCGCGGGAGAUUUCGGAGUGAGGUCGGAUGUGGAAUUGGCAUUGGAGGAAAUGUUAUUGACAUAUGGACCGGAGUUUUUUCAAGCGUUGUUGGAAGUUGGGAGGGUAGGGAGGGAGAAGAAGAAGAAAAAGAUUGAUAGAAGGAGAGAUUGUGGUAGUGAUGGUGAUAGUAGGGGUUCUUGGGCCGUCGACGCUCUCCACCGCGAAAUCGCAGGAAUGAUCGAACGCCAAUCCACUUUAACACCGGAAGGAACCCCUCGACCCCCAACUCUCACAGCCCGUCUCCGAAGAGCUUUCGCCGCGAAAUUGGGCUUACAUGUCACGCAAAACGUAUCCAAAAUGUGGGAGAUUGUGUCGAGUACAUUAUUUGAUGAGAUGAGUGAGGAGAAGAUGGUGCAAGUGGUUCGGGGAGAGGAUAUUGGGAAGGGGGGGGGGUUGAAGAGGAUUUUUUGA